GAAGGACUACAACUCCCAGGCAGCAGUAGGAGGGCCCUGCACGUCGCGUGCGGCCGAGCUCAACGUUACUUUGUUACAGCGGAGCUACCGGGGAGGAAAACACGGUGUCGCAAAAAAAAAAAAAAAAGAGAAAAAAAUAACGCUCUCGGAAAAAGUGCGCACAGUUUCGGGGAAAAACGACGCAACGGAGCGCCUGUUGCCGGGAUUCGUCCGCGGCGGCUUGUUUAAUGAACGGCGGGUUCGAACGUUGCCGUUUGGCCGAAAAAACAGCGGUGUUUGCGAAAGUUGAGCCGAAGAGGAGUCCUGCGGGUCGGGAUGUCGGACUGAGACAAAGGGGUCUAGAGGAGGAGGAGGAGGGGGCAUUCCCGUCGGUAAAACACUCGAUCCUUGGAGUCUCCUCUGGAUGGGAAGGAUGGAGAGGGAGUUGCAAUGGUGGAAGGGACAGCUAGCUGCCGACAUCCAUCAGUCCCUGCGCAUCAAGGAGCUGAAGCUACCGGUCUACCGAGCCCACUCUCCACAGAUCGGCAUGCGGCGGUACUUUGCCGACUUGUUGGCCAUCCUGAGCAAUCGCUACCAGCUGUGUCCCACAGCGCGUCACCUGGCCGUCUACCUGCUGGACCUGUUCAUGGACCACUACGACGUGGCCGUCAAGCAGCUCUACGUCAUCGCCCUCUCGUGUCUGCUCCUGGCCAGUAAAUUUGAGGAAAAGGAAGACCGGGUUCCCAAACUGGAGCAGCUGAACUCUCUGGGCUUCAUGUGUAGCCUUAACCUGGUCCUCAACAAGAAGGAUCUGAUCAAAAUGGAGCUCCUGCUGCUGGAGACAUUUGGCUGGAAUCUGUGCAUGCCCACUCCGGCCCACUUUAUUGACUACUACCUCCACGCUUCGGUGCAGGAGGGCGACCUGUACAACGGCUGGCCGCUCUCGUCCCUCUCAAAGACCAAGGCCUUCAUGGACAAAUACACUCACUACUUCCUGGAGGUCUCACUGCAAGACCACGCCUUCCUGAGUUUUCGCCCGUCCCAGGUUGCAGCUGCGUGUGUGGCAGCGUCCCGUAUUUGCCUUCAGAUCUCCCCGAGCUGGACGGGCGCUCUGCAUCUACUGACGGGCUACACCUGGGACCACCUCACCCAGUGCAUCGAGCUCAUGCUGCUUGCUCACGACAAUGACGUUAAGGAGGCCAAUAAGACCAAAUCCACCCCCCCUCACCGGCCCUCUCUGCAGUCCCACUCCCAGACCCCUCACCUGUCUCCAAUGUCGGCCAUCCAGAGACCAGCCUCCUCCUCCUCCUCCUCCUCCUCCUCUUCCACACCACAGCUGCUCUUUCAGCCAGACGCCUUCCCUCACCUUUCCCAGCAUUCCCCUUCCUUGUCCCAGCUGGCGGCGCUGGCGGACUCUCAGGCUUUGGGGUCUGUGGUGAACGUGUCUCAGGACUUCCUUCAGAGCCACAGGAUGGGUCUCCUAGCUGGGUCCAUGACUCCCGGGAGUGGGUUCCCCUCCUACCCAACCCUGACCUCAGGUCUCCAGGCGGGGGCCCGGGCGCUGCCGCUCGCGGGCCCCAUCUCCGUGCAGAUGGCGCUCGCUGGGGAGCCGCGCCACUGUCUGAGCAUGGCCUAUAGCGGGGGGUACCUGGGGGCCCAUCACACGUUUGCGGCAGGCUGCUUCGACAGGUGACGCCAGGAGACGGAGAGGGAGCCCAGACCCCCGCGGGAGUGCACUGCAAUGCUUCCGACCCAAUUCCCCACCCCGAACUAUCCUUUUACCGACCUCCUCUCUCUCUCCGUCAGCUCCGUCAGCUCCGCAGCGCCUUCGCCCCGCCCCACUCCCCCCCCCCUCACGCAGAGACGCCUCAAACGCAAGCAGAGGUCCAAAGGCAAGACGGACCCGGUGGAAGUGAUCACACUGACGUGACAAAUGUUCCGCCACCUUGAAGUAGUCCGGCGCUGCGGAAAUGUAUUUUCCAUGUUGUGAACGGAUUUUAUAGAUCUGUGCUUUUAUGAGACUGUCAUCACUGUGAAUGAGAGGAAAGCAGCAGUGUGAUCCACACCCUCCUCAUUCAGUGCCUGUUCUCCGUCGUGUGAUAACUGAGCCAAUGUUUGAAGUGCACAGAAUGCAAAGUAUCUGUGAUGACGAUACCUUGCUGCUCGACAUUCUGUUAUUUUUUUCUUAAGAAAUGGAGAAAUGGGCGGGUGUUUUUGUCCAUGAGCCGCCCAUUGAGAGAGAGAACAAAGAAGGACACACUGUCGAUGUCAGCCAACAUUGAUCCAACUAAACGGCAGCUCUGGGAAUUCCUCGCCGCCUCAGAAGGGCCGAAGAAUUCAUUACUUUGAGCGCAGCAGGUGAAGUCCGCAGCUGUUUUUUUUCUCCCGUCUCUGUCUCCGUCCUCGUCAUCGCUUCCCUUCCAUCUCCAAAGUGGAGCCUUGUGGCCGAGCCGUGUCACCUUUGGGUGAAACGUGUCUCUCUGGCAGCUGCAGGCUUUGUCCAACUAAAGUUUUUAUUUCAGCGUCUCCGGCGCCACUCAAAGAAUUUACCACAAACUGGACCAGCACGGUGAAGGAGACGUGGAUGUUGUUGGUGUAUUGUACAUAUAAAUUGCUGCUGCCUUCUUAUGAACUGUUGGUUCUCUGUCUGUGUUAAUGUCUCCAAUGUUUACAUGAACCACUAAGUAUCAGGGACUUGAACAAGAUUACUUGAAUAUAAUGCCAUUGAAACAUGCCAUAGCUUUUAUUUAUGAUGACUCAUUUAUUUUUUUCCUAUUUCACUUUUGUUUGAUAUAGUGUAGCUUUUUAUACCAACUAGAUAAAUACCAUUGAUUGAUUAUAGUUUCCUUUGUACCCGUCUAAAGAAACUGUUUAUUGAGGCUCAGGUUUCAAGGUUAAAACUAGCAGCCUUUGCAUUAUACUGUGCUAUUAUGCUUUAACGUGGGUGCCAUUACAGCAUCUUUGGGGGUCGGCAUAUGAAACUCCCUCUUCAUCACUGGACUGUACUCUACUGACGAGUCAAUAACUGAAUGCACAGAAGCGCCGGUCUGUAACGUGGUGGAGCGCCGCGUGGUCGCUGGUUCCAACCAUCUGUGGGCAGUCGUGGUAAUUGCUUCCCAGAUCCCCAAUCUUCCACUUCCUGUUAACACAUAAACACAUGCAGGUUCCCAGCUUCAUUCACAAGGGUCGUGCACUGGUUACCGUGGGGAUACCUCCAAUAACCAAAAUAAAACUUUGAUCUUGUUAACUGAAUUAAGGACGAAACAGAUUUGUCUUUAACCUCUUAAUGCGUACAUUGAUUUCAAAGCUUGUUUUGUACAAAAAAAAGAAAAUCUAAAAUGACAAGUCCCAAAGCUCAAUGUGAUGUAUCCAAAAUAGUGAUUUAUAUUAUAUCAGGUGAUGAAAACAGCAUCACACUCUCGUAUUUGAGAAGCUGAAACCAGAGAAUUUGUGGCAUUUUGUACUUCUUGAUCUUUCUUUUUAUUUUUCUCCUUUUAAGCGUCUAAUAAUUCUACUAAACCCCCAAAUACUGAGAUGAUGAUUCACAGUAACGUGUGCUUUUCUCAGCUGACACUACAUGAAGCCUUCGGAAACUGCAACUCUCAGACUAUUAUAAUCCUGAUAUUUCCUUUGGCCCCCCCCGAAAAUAACUUAAUCCGGACUCCUAUGCCUCCUUUUUAACUUUUUAUGUAUAGUUUUGUGACAUUUUUUACAUUCCUAAUUUUCAGUGUAUUUUAGUUUAAAUUCUUUUGUGAUUCCUCGUUGCCGUUGGUGUGAACUCGAUUCUUUUGUUCGUAGAGUUCAACUUGCUCUCAUGAUUCAUGACGAGGUGUCAACGGUGCAAUAUGUUGUUUCCUCGGUUUAAACUGACCACAGCCAUCACUGUCUCGUGUUCACCACUGGUUCAUCUUCUGUAACUUAUAUUUAGACGAUUGUGUGAUUGGACCUGCUGCAGAGGGCAGUGGGCUCUGAACACAAUGAAUAUGUUGCAUAUUGCAGCCACCUCCUUUUGAGUGACAGAUAUGACUGAACGCUUUUUGCUUUUUGCUUUUUUUUUUUUUUCCUCCAGUGAAAGAAAUCAACACUUGUCUUUCGUGAUAGUAAACAAAAAAACACAACUUCCAAUUUAUAUUUUUGUAUUUUGUACCAAUUUGUAGUCUUGGUGAUGAUUGAAGGAACUCUUUUAUCAUAAUGUGCCACGGAAAAAUAAACACAAGUGAACGGAAUUUGUGAAGGCUGUGUUUCUCCUGAGGAAGCAUCACCACCAUCACCACCAUCACCAUCACCACCACCAUCCCCAC